AUGAUGAUGCUAUUAAAAAGGCCCUCCAUUCUCUUGCUCUUCGAUUUUCUCUUAGUGCUUCAAUUGGCCCAAUCUUCCACCACCAGCUUUACUGAUCAAGUAAGUCUCAUUGCCUUCGAAUCUAAAAUCACUUCCGGUCCAAACCAAACUGUCUUGGCUGGUAACUGGUCCACAACUACAAGCUUCUGCAAUUGGAUUGGGGUCUCAUGUAGCCAACGCAGGCAAAGAGUCACUACUUUGGACCUUUCCUACAUGGGACUCCAAGGCGCCAUUUCUCCACAUAUUGGUAACCUCUCCUUCCUAGUCUCACUUGAUCUACGCAACAACAGCUUCAUUGGGUUUCUGCCUCAUGAGAUCAGUCGCCUACGUCGCUUGAGAAUACUUUGGUUGCCAUCCAACCAAUUGGAAGGUAGCAUCCCUCCAACUCUGCAUAGUUGCCUGAAGCUUCGGAAGAUCAAUCUCAGUAAAAACCAUCUUAUGGGCUCAAUUCCAUCAACUAUUGGCAACAUGUCGUCGCUAGUGUACUUGAAUUUGCAAUUCAACAGUCUCACAGGUCCAUUUCCUCUUGGCAUCUUUAACAUAUCCUUUCUAACCAUAAUUGCUCUUACAGAAAAUCACAUCUCAGGAACUCUUCCAAUGGAUCUCUGCACCCAUUGUCCUAAACUUCAAGUGCUCUAUCUUUCUCUCAACAAAUUCAGUGGUCGGCUCCCUUCACAAAUGAAUUAUUGUAGACAACUUUCACUCUUAUCUCUAUCAUACAAUAGAUUUGAUGGGAGUAUUCCAGAAAGUUUUGGGAAUUUAGAAAAGCUUGAAGAGCUAUAUCUUGGAGGUAACAUCUUAACUGGCAAUAUACCUCCUACCAUAACUAACUUGUCGAGGUUAUCUACGUUCACCAUUGAGAUUAACAACAUUGAAGGAAGCAUUCCGGGAGAUUUAUUGGGGCUUCAAAAUCUCAAAAUUUUUGCAUGCAAUUCAAAUUAUCUCACAGGAGCAAUCCCCCAAUACAUUUUCAACAUUUCCUCUCUACAAGAUAUCGAAUUGGACAAUAAUUCCCUACAUGGCAAUCUUCCAUCACAUUCUGGAUUUUCCUGCCCCAAUCUUGAAUGUCUAUUUUUUGCUCGCAACAAAUUUAGUGGUCCCAUCCCAUCGUAUCUUUCAAAUUGUUCUAACCUCGUCACAGUAGAUUUUGCUUCAAACAUACUCUCUGGGCCAAUACCAAAAAGUCUUGGAGACUUAAAAUACCUUCAAAUACUUUCUCUGGAUGGGAAUCAGUUAACAAGAGAGCCCGGAGAUCAAGAGCUUAAUUUCCUUUCGUCUCUCUCUAAUUGCAGAGUUUUGGAACAACUGACCAUAGACUACAAUCCCUUGGAUAUUACUCUUCCGGAUUCUAUUGGAAACUUUUCAACCACCCUUCACACCAUUACUUUAUUUGAAAGCAAAAUAAAAGGUCAUAUUCCUAUGAGUAUAGGUUCCUUAAAAGGCUUGACAUGGCUUGAGCUGGGCAAUAACAAUUUGACUGGCAACAUACCAUCCACAAUUGGGGGAUUGAAGAAUUUACAAAGAUUGGAACUUGAUGAUAAUAAAAUUGAAGGAUUCAUUCCAGAAGAGAUAUGUCAGCUAAAGAACUUAGGUGAGUUAUAUCUCUCAGAGAACAAACUCUCUGGAUCCAUUCCAAAUUGCAUUUCGAACCUUAGUCUUCUGCAAAAGCUAUACUUGAGUUCUAAUAGGUUGGAAUCACCAAUACCAUUAAAUUUAUGGAGCCUUGAGAAUCUAUUGUUUUUGGACCUAUCAUCGAAUUUCCUUGGUGGAUAUUUGUCUCAAAACAUGAAAAAAUUGCAAGUUAUUGAACACAUAGAUUUAUCUCGUAACCAAAUUAUGGGAGACAUUCCAAGCAUCAUUGGAGCUUUUGAAAGCCUAAAUUAUCUUAAUUUGUCAAAGAACUCAUUUCAAGGAGAAAUCCCACACUCUUUUGGAGACUUAAAAGGAUUGGAUAUCAUAGAUCUCUCUUACAAUGAUCUGUCUGGUGCAAUUCCAAAGUCUCUUGAGGCACUUUCACAGCUCAAAUAUUUGAAUGUGUCUUUUAACAAGCUAUCUGGAGAGAUACCAUCUAGUGGACCUUUUGCAAACUUCACAGCAAAAUCAUUUUCAGGAAACAAGGCGCUUUGUGGGAAUCCAAUUUUUGGAGUUCUACCUUGCCCAAACUCAGGCUCCAAAGGAUCAAAGGUGAAACAAAGUCUACUCAAAUAUUUUCUUCCUACCAUUGCUUUGUUCAUACUCUGUCUAGCAUUGCUUUAUAUGCUGAGAAGACAUAGAGAAAGUAACUUGCAGGUUCCAACUUUAUUUAAUACUUUGCAUGCAUUUGAGCAUAGAAUGAUAUCAUAUCAAGAGCUCUGCCAAGGAACAAACAACUUUUGUGAAAGUAACUUGCUUGGAACGGGAGGUUUUGGUUCUGUGUACAAAGGGGUGCUUUUUGACGAGACAAUUGUUGCUGUUAAAGUUCUAAAUUUACAAUUGUCGAGCGCUUUCAAAAGUUUCGAUGCAGAAUGCACGGUCUUACGGACAAUUCGACAUAGGAAUCUUGUUAAGGUCAUAAGUACUUGCUCCAACCCCGAGUUCAAAGCUUUAGUACUGCAAUACAUGUCGAACGGUAGCCUUGAAAGGUGGUUAUACUCUUAUAACUACUGCUUGAAUCUUCUUCAAAGAGUAAACAUUAUGGUUGAUGUUGCAUCGGCGUUAGAUUAUCUCCACAACGGUCUAUCAAAUUCUGUGAUGCACUGUGAUUUGAAACCUACCAAUAUCUUUCUAGAUGAGGACAUGGUUGCACACGUGGCUGACUUUGGCAUUGCAAAGAUUUUGGUCGAAAACAAGGAUGCUACACAAACCAAAACUCUUGGUACACUUGGCUACAUCGCACCAGGUACAUGAAUUUACCUAUACUUAUUUUAUUGCU